UCACCUAUGUGGUUCCAUUCCGUUCCAACUUGCCCUGUGGUCAGUUCUGUGACAUUUUGAGUGGAUAUACUGAAAGUCGUUUUGCACUCCCUGUCACGCACGGCAGGACGAUGCUUGCAGCUCUGGUAAUUCUCCUGUUCUCCCUGCCGGCGCCGUCGGCCGGUGACCGGUCGUUCUGCCCCGACGUCGCCAACGGCACGUACAACCCGAACAGCGCCUACAGCUCCAACCUGGGAUCCCUCGCCGAUGAUCUUAUCGCCAGAGCCACGGAUUCGCACUCGGCCACUGGCACGGCCGGCACCGGCUCCGAGAAGGUCUACGGCGCCGUGCUCUGCCGAGGGGACUCCACCGGCGCCGACUGCGGCAGGAGCCUCCGGGAAGCCUUCGACGGGACCAUAAACGCCAGCAGCACCGGUGCCGUAUGCGCGCUCCACAGGGACGUGGCGCUCUACUCCGAGCUGUACCAGCUCCGCCUCUCCGACCAGGACUUCCUCUCCACCUUCAGCAACGCGCCGGAGUGGGUCGAUGGCACCAACCUGAACCUUGUGCCGGCUGCCGAGACCAGGCAGUUUGACGAGCUAGUCAGCAAGCUGACGAGAACGCUCGCCGAGACAGCGGCGACGCGGCCGGACAGGUACGCGACCACCGACGCGCCGUGGUCGUCGGAGGAGAGGCAACGGAAGCUGUACGGGCUGGCGCAGUGCACGCAGGACAUGCCGCCACAGCGCUGCCGCGCUUGCCUCGGCGGCCUCUUCGCCGAGAUGCGGCAGAAGAUCGGCAGCGGCAGGAUGGGCGGGGCGAUUCAUGGCGCGCGGUGCACGCUCCGGUACGAGACGGGCACCCAGUUCUUUACUGCCACAGGGCAACACAAGGGCCAUGCACUAUUGAUCAUUGGUACAGUGUACUCCCUCCUGAUCCUCAGUACGCGUUUGCUUUUCUGUGUCCUAUACAUCAUAAGGCGAAGAAAAAAAGGGAAAAUAAACUCCACGGAGCAGCCCAAGAACAUAGAUGAAAUCCUGAGGCUUUGGAAGAUGGAAGAUACCGGUUCUGAGUUCGCCUUGUAUGAUUUCUCACAAAUUGCAGAUGCCACGGACAACUUCGCACCUGCCAAAAUAUUAGGAGAGGGUGGGUUUGGGCCUGUUUACAAGGGAGUUUUUCCUGAUGGACAAAAGGUAGCAAUUAAAAAACUUGCCGCACAGUCAAGACAAGGUCUAAUGGAAUUCAAAAAUGAGAUCCAACUGGUAGCAAAACUUCAGCACAGGAAUCUUGUUAUGCUGCUUGGCUGUUGCGUCCAUGGAGAAGAGAAGAUACUUAUCUAUGAAUACAUGACAAACAAAAGCUUGGACUACUUCAUUUUUGAUCCGAUCAGAAGGACAUCAUUAAACUGGAUGAUACGAUUUAAAAUAGUUGAAGGAGUAGCACAAGGGCUUCUCUACCUUCAUGAGCAUUCACGACUGCGUAUCAUCCAUAGGGAUUUGAAAGCAAGCAACAUUCUGUUAGACUCUGAGUUAAAUCCUAAGAUUUCUGAUUUCGGAAUGGCAAGGAUAUUUCCAUCAGAUGCCACUCAAGAGAAAGCAAGCAGACUUGUUGGAACAUAUGGUUACAUGGCUCCUGAAUAUGCCUUUGGGGGCCUUCUCUCGAUCAAGUCAGAUGUUUUCAGUUUUGGGGUACUGCUACUUGAGAUUAUAAGUGGAAAGAGGAGUGCAGGAUUUCAGCACUCUGGCGAUGGAGAAUUUCCCAAUCUUCUUCAAUAUGCAUGGCAAAUGUGGAAAGAAGGGAGAUGGCAUGAAUUUGUUGAUCAAUCGUUUGGUGAUGAAUACAAACCAGGAGAUAUGAGGAAAUAUCUUACGUUGGCACUGAUGUGUGUCCAAGUGAAAGCGGUAGACCGUCCCACUAUGUCUGAUAUUGUUGCAAUGCUUGGCAGCGACGACAUAACCAUACCAGAGCCAAGGCAACCAGCUUACUCCUGUACCGGAGUAGAUGCGUCAGUAAACAUCAAUGUAUCAUGCACCAGAAAUGAUAUAAGCUUCACUACUAUAGAUGGUAGAUAAAUGAUCAUUCGUUUCAUCGGCAAAGUGUGUGACUACUGGUAUUGGGUGUUCUUCUGGUGGUAAAUAACUAACAGCAUGCUGUUUGUAUUCAUUUGUGGCUCAGAACUUACAUACCUCACACGUUUGUCC